UUUAGCCAAUAUUUUUUCUAUUUAUAGCUUCAAAAUAUUUAAUAAUCAAAUGGAAUUUAAAUCAUGGCUUGAAAUUGAACGUGCUGUUUGCCAUAGCCGCCUUGCACAAUUUCACUUUUCUUCAUUUAUACCAUCUCAUUUUACGUUUUAUAAAAAUUUGCUUAUAUUUCUUGGUGUUCCACCAACUGGCGAGUCUUAUAGCAAUGAAAAUACUUUGUUGUAUAUUGAUGUUGAAAACGGAGUAUGGGAACACAUGGAUGUAAAACAUGAAGGUUAUGACUCAAUGGAUGGAUUGGACCCUCACAUAUAUGCUGCAUAUCACUGGAACUUGCUUCUUGACCCAAGUAAAUCUUUAAAUACAGCUGGCUCUGGUUAUUCUAAAGAAGAGGAACUACUUCGGGAAAGAAAAAGACUUGUGUCUCAUGGUAUAACUUCAUAUGAAUUUGAUACACAUGCUGGUCGUGUGUUAUUUCGUGCUGGAUGCGAUACUUAUACUGUUGAUGUGGCAUUAGUUGCAUCAGGUGCAACAAAAUGUGCUGUGCCACGUUCAAUAUCUACCAAUUUGUUUGGAAGCAAAAUGGAUGCUAAAAUUGGACCAAGCAAUCCAAAUAUAAUAUCAUUUAUUGACAACGGAGACAUUUGGGUGGCAAAUAUAGUGACAGGUCUGGAAAUGAGAUUGACAUUUGUUCGAAGCACUGGUCGAGAUGAAGCUAUUUCAGCAGGUGUACCAUCAUAUGUUACUCAGGAAGAAUUUGACAGAUUUACUGGGUAUUGGUGGGAGCCAAGGAAACAACAAGAUAUGGAAGGCUCUCUUGAAGUUCACAAGAUCUUAUACGAACUUGUGGAUGAAAGAAUGGUUGAAGAGCUACCAAUAUCAUCUGCUCCUGACCAUAACUUCACAACAUUUGUUGAAACUUACCGUUAUCCCAAAGCUGGAUCUAUUAACUCAAAAUCUACCUUGCGAUUGGUUGAAUUCUGUGUAAAGAGUUCCACGAAUGAGUUCCUUGAUGGUUCCAUUGUUGAAUAUGAGAUGCGUGUUGAUUUAGUAGAAUUAUUUCCCUGGAUUGAAUAUAUUGUUCGAUGUGGAUGGAUGCCAGAUGGUAAACAUAUAUGGGUUCAAGUAUUAAAUCGAGCUCAAAACAGACUGGCUUUGCUUAGAAUACCAUGUUCUGCAUUUCGACCAAUCACUUCUAGCACUGUUCUUCUGACGGAAACUGUUCGUCAACACAAAAUUGAUAUAAUGUUGGAAGAGAAGUCAGACUUUUGGGUGAAUAUUUCAGAUAUCCUUCACUUCUUACCAACGAUACGACCUGAUCGAAUAAAGUUCAUCUGGCUGUCUGAAGAAACACGUUUCAAGCACCUUUAUAAAUACACUAUAACAACAGAAUCUGGUGAUGGUUAUUUUGGUGGAAGUCAAGUUUUUCACAGCACUGAGGGCAACAUGAAUGAGUGCAUAGUGAGACCUUGUCACACAUUGGAAAAACAGGUUCUCACAUCAGGAUCAUGGGAAGUGGAUGGCGAAAGGAUUUGGGUUGAUGUGAAAAAUGAUUUAGUUUAUUUCAUCGCCAUGAAGGAUACACCAUUGGAGAAACAUCUAUAUUGCGUUUCUAUGGCAAAUCCAGAGGUUAUUCACCGUCUAACUAAACUUGGUCAUUCACAUUCUGUGUCUAUAAACCAGGAGUGUUCCCAUGCAGUCGUAGUGUCAUCAUCAAUUUCGUCUCUGUCACAUGUCAACUUGUGUAAAAUCAUGCAGAAUCCUGUGUACGGGACAGGAAGAAUGUCGUUGAACGGAAUAGCUUGGCUAGAAGCACCGCGAGCUCUUCCCAGCACGUACAUUGUGCCAGAAAUCUUUGGAUUUACCAAUGCCAGUGGUAAAUCUAUCUAUGGCAUGCUGUUCAGACCGUCUAAUUGCUCCGCAAGAAAGAAAUAUCCAACAAUUUUAUACGUUUACGGUGGACCUGGAGUCCAGCUGGUUUCGAAUGCACAACGUUCAGUCCGUCGACUAAACUUGUAUGCUUUAGCUUCUCUCGGAUACGCUGUUGUAAUGAUCGAUACGAUGGGCUCGUGUAACAGAGGCAUACAAUUCGAAGCUGCUAUUCAAAAUAAUAUGGGUUGUGUUGAGAUUGAUCAGCAGCUUGAAGGCUUGUCACACAUUGCAGAGAAAUCUGGGAUUAUUGAUAUGCAUAGAAUAGUCAUCCAUGGAUGGUCCUACGGCGGUUAUCUUGCGCUGAUGGGCUUAGCACAGAGACCUGAUGUCUUCAAGGUGGCCAUAGCUGGUGCGCCUGUUACCUGUUGGGAAUUGUAUGACACGGGAUACACAGAACGAUACAUGAGUACACCGUCAGUCAACAAAGAUGCAUACAGAAGAGGAUCCGUGUUGAAAUAUGCGAAACAGUUUCCAAGCGAACCAAAUCGACUACUGAUCGUUCAUGGAUUGGUCGACGAAAACGUUCAUUUCAGUCACACGAAUGCUUUGAUUGCAGAACUAGUGAAAGAAGGAAAGCCAUACCAGCUCCAGGUCUAUCCAGGUGAACGACACGGUAUUCGAAACUCUGCUGCUGCGAAGCAUUAUGAAACGUACGUCCUUUGGUUUAUUCAGCAAUACUUCAAUAAUAUGACGUAACAAAAACACCGCCGGGAAGAGUACCAAAAAAAUUAAAACUCCAUGGAGAAGAGUAGCGGAAAUAUUAAAUCACCACGGAGAAGAGUAGUAAAGUUUGAGUGGAUCAGUGCAUUGCCUUUGAGCAGGAAAGCCUAUUGACUUGAGGCUGUCUGUUUCAGCAAUCGGAAAUGUGAGGAGGACAUUUAGAACAUUUUGGAGCAAGUUUGAAGAUUCAUGUGGUUAUGUGAUUCCACUAUUUGUGACGACGAGUACAUGGUUUGGAUAAAAAGCGUCAAUUUUGACGCCAAGAAAUGUUGUGAUAGGACAAAAACAUUAUACAAUUUGAUAUUAUUGCGAAUUCCAAUAAAGAUUUGACGAAUACCUUUGCUAUAAAAGAUUCGUGACAUCCAUUACAUAAAGCCACUGACAUUCUUUUAUCAUUGAAACACUAUCCACUGUGUUUACACAAUAUUUAUGCAUCAUGCAUUAUUCAUUACAAAAUAUUUAAGCUUUUAACCUAAAACAUUUAAUUUAUAUAUAAAAAAACUAGAAUACCAGUACAGCUCGCUUGAAAGAAGUUGCUUUGGUACAUUUGUUUUGGGUCGUCUUGAAACUGCUGCGAGCUGUCUGCUUGGAUAUCUUAUUCCAUUGUAACGUAGGACUGAAUUUCAACAAGUAUAAAAAAAAUGUGAUUUCUUUAA